CAAGUUCGGCCUCACCUGACACAGGCAGUCCUCGCUGAGUUCGAGCUCAAAGCUCAAGAAUUUGGGACCAUGAAGCGCGUUUAUUGUGUUGCACCAACGUGCAGUCGUUUCCUCGGGCCAUUGCAUGAGGGUUAUUUCACCAAGGUCUUUACAUGCACGUCACCUACCUGCACCAUGACGACAUGUGGAAAAUGUUGCAGUAGACACGAAGGAUUUACUCAUAUCUGCACUCCUGAUGCAGAUGCUGAGCAAAUACUCACGCUAAGCCGCACAUCGGGGUGGGCACGCUGUCCAGGUUGUGCUCAGAUGAUCGAGCUUGACAUGGGGUGUUUCCACAUGACCUGCCGAUGCAGGACGGAGUUCUGCUAUCUGUGCAAAGAACUUUGGAAGAACUGCGGGUGCCCGCAGUGGGACGAGGCCAGGCUGCUCGCUACUGCAGAGCGUCGCGUGGAUGCUCAGCUGCCGCCCGCGCAGCCUGCUAAUCCUUUCCGACAGGCACCUGCAGUGCGCCAACCAGUGCCAGCUGUUGGUGAUGUCAGGAAUCAGCCUGUUUAUUUACCCAGACAGGCACCUGUGCCAGCGCUCGUACCAGCGCCAGUCGCAAAUAUCCGCCCUGCAAAUCCUUUUCAACAGGUCCCUGCGCCAGCACCCGGAGCAGCACCUCUUCCUGUUCCAUUACGCCCCACGAUUCUCCGUCCCGAGGCACCAGUACCAGCACCUCUUCCAGCACCCCAUUUUGUGUCGGGGACUCGCCGUGCUGAGACGAAUGAUCGCUCCGCGGCUACUGCAGCCUCGCCAGGCUCGGAUCGGAACGCUGUCAGACAGCGUAUGAUAAGGGAGACCAUGGAGCGUCUCAGAGUGGAUCACGAUUGUGACCACACAAACUGGACGUUCCGGAUCGGGGGCGGACGUUGCGAGGCCUGCGAGACGCAUCUCCCACUAUACCUCUUCCGGUGUAGAGGGUGUGAAAUGCUCGCUUGUAACAGGUGUCGCCGAAACCGUCUGUGA